GUUUAAUCGUAAAAUUUGAUGUCAGUAGUAUCAUUCUUGGCGACAGAGCAGGAAACCAAAUAAAAUAAACGUUGUAAUUCAAUAUUCGUCUGAAAUAAAAUAUAGAUCGUUACUUAAAGAAAAUCUAUUAUCAGUGAUUUAACAAAUUUUAGAAAAUUCAAAGAGAUAUUUUCUUUUUUUCAAAUAAAAAUAAAAUUUACGACAAAACACACAUUAAAAAGAAUAUCCAAUUCUUUCAAGUAUCGAAUCAUUUUUAAGAAUCAUUUUUAAAUAUGUUCUAUUAAACAUGUCUAAAAUUCGUGUGAAGAGAAGUGCCAUAUGGCGGCAUUUCUCCAUAAACUACCAAGAGGAUGGAUCACACGCGAUCGUCAAGUGCAACAAGUGCAAUCUCACGGUGCCUUAUUGCAAAAACACGACGAAUCUAUGGUCGCAUAUCCGUAUACGUCACAAGGAUAUUCUGGAGAGCGAACUGUCUAAUCAACCGAAUAGAAAAAGAAACGAGAAUCACGCGUCGAAAUCCAGACAAAGAUCGUCGACUUCUUCGAAAAUUUCCUCCGACGUAUCGGAAAAUUACUUCGACACGAGACGGGACAAAGAAAUAACACGAUGUUUGGUGCAAAUCGUAGCCGAGAACGUGAUCCAGUUCUCCGCGGUGAAUGGAAAAGGAUUCGCGAAUUUCGUGCGGGCGUUGAACGAGAAAUACAAAGUGCCAGAUGUAAACACCUUGAUCUCGGAACACGUUCCAGAAUCGUACGAGCGGAAACGCGUAGAGACGAAGGAAAUUUUGUCGAGAUCGACUAACGUUCACCUGGCCGCAAGUUUGUGCACGGAUUGUAAACGCGGGACGUCGUUCUUGGUGACGAUCGCUCAUUUUUGCGCCAACCAAGCGCAGCAUCGCAAACUUCUUCGGAUCUCGCGUCUGGAACGAACUAAUGGGACCACGAUACGCGAGAAUUUGUUAAGAGUCGUUGACGCAUGGGGGAUCGCUUCGAAGAUAAGAACUGUCGUUUACAAUGGUAAGAGCGAUAUCGCGAACACGAAUGAAACGGAAUGGAGACAGGUAUAUUGUUUCGGUCGCGCGUUGAACUUGAUCGCGCGAAACGCUAUAACAGAUACCGAGAUUAUUAACGAGCUGGUGAACAAGUGUCGAGGCAUUGGCCAUUUAUUUAGAUUCGACAACUCGAAAUUGUCGAGGAGGAGGCAUCAACUCGGCGAGAAUUCGUUCCAAGAUCAAGCGACGCUUGAUCGACGUUGGACGACCGUGUACUCGUUGUUGAACGGUAUAAACGAAUCGAGAUCAAUCGUGUCGUCGAAGAACGUCGUGGCAUCCCUGACGGAGCAAGAAUGGAGGAUGAUUGGCGAGAUGAUAAGGAUUUUGAAACCGUUGCACGAGGCUACGAGAGAAUUAUUGGUGGAUUGCACGGUGACAAUUUCAAAAGUAAUACCCAUCGUCCAUGGGGUGGAGGCUGCUUUGAAAAACAUGGAUAAUUUGUCCCGGGACGCGACUCUGUUCCGUGACAAUUUAUUGACACUUUUCCGCAAACGGUUCGAGAAUAUCGAGAGAAAUCCUGUUUACGCCAUUGCCACGUUCUUGGAUCCUAGAUACAAGGACAUCGCGUUCCAAUCGAAAGAGUGUGUUAAAUUGGCGAAACAUCUGUUGAUCAAGGAGUUGAAUUAUUGUUUCGAUAACAACGAAAAGGAUAAUUCUGAUUCACACGUGGAUAAAGUGGACGUAAAGGAGGAGAAUAAGGAAACGAAUAUUUUGUGGGCGGUGUUCGACAAGAGGGUUAAGGAGUUGCAGAUUGAAUCUGAUAAUUGUGUGAUUUAUUGCUCGUUGAAGCAUGAAUUGGAGAGAUACGCGAAUGUGAAAAUAAUUAAUAGAAAAACCGAUCCAAUCAUAUGGUGGAAGAACAUGGGCCAUUCAACGUUUCCAAGGCUUUCGAAACUUGCGUUGGAAUAUUUAUGCAUACCUUCAUUCUCUGCACCUAAAAAUCUCUUGUUUUCAAAAAUUCGUAAAAUUUUGUUUAAUCGAGAGAUGGAAUUACCAAUGGAGUAUAUUAACAUGUUGGCUAUAAUAAAUUUAAAUUAAGAAAAGAAAGUGUGUAACGUUAUAAAUAUAUUUCAACUUCUUUACUUCUAUUUCCAUUAUCGAUAUCUCAAUUUGUAUUAUCGAAAUAUAAACGAUAAGAUUAUAUAUUUCGAUAAGUUAUUGAUAUUGAAGUCAUUUCUAAUACAGAUAUCUAUGUAAAUAAAAUGAUCA